ACCCCCAAUCCUCAAACGGAACAGUUCCACAGAGCUCCCUGCUUUCUGUUCCGCUAUUCGCGCCCUCUCUCCCCCCUUGUGACAUGCCCUCCUCCUCCUCCCUCUUCCUCUGGUCUUCGCUUCUCUAGUUCCAGCCCUAUGACUGGUCGUCUCCCUGUGAUGCAAGCUGCCUCUCUUUUCUGCCCCCCAAAUAUGACCAUGUCUUUCCUUUCGCUUUCUCCACCGCCUUCUCCCUCUUUUUAUUCUUCGCUUCUUCUUCUUCUUCUGAAUAUUUAUUUCUCCCUCUGCCUCUGCGAUUCUCUUCUUCCAGGAGUUGUUCUUCUUGUUCUUGCUCGCUUUCGAAGCUCAGCGCUGAGGAACGCCUCCUCAUGGACAGCCACUCCCCUAACAACCUCGCUUCUUCUGUUUCAUCCUCCAGAACUUUCCUCAAUGCUCGCACUGAACAAGAGCUUCUGUGUGGAAUCAGGAAGGAAGCAGAAGGAGGAUUUCUUCCCUCUAAUGUUGCUUCAUCCAUGGAACAAGUCUAUCACAACUACAAAAACGCAGUUUCUCGAAGUGGGGAUCCACGAGCAGAUGAGAUUGUACUAUCGAAUAUGACUAUUUUCUUAGACCGCAUAUUUAUGGAUGUAGUGGAUCCUUUUGUCUUUAAAUCACAUCAUAAGGCAAAGCGAGAGCCUUUUGACUACUACCUAUUUGGUCAAAAUUAUAUUCGCCCUUUAAUUGAUUUCAGAAAUUCAUACAUUGGCAACGUUUCCCUUUUCUAUGAAAUGGAAGAGAAACUUAAACAGGGACACAAUAUUAUCUUGAUGUCAAAUCACCAAACUGAAGCAGAUCCUGCAAUUAUUGCAUUGCUAAUUGAAAAGUUCUUUCCAUAUAUUGCUGAAAACCUGACUUAUGUAGCUGGAGAUAGAGUCAUAACUGAUCCUCUAUGCAAACCCUUCAGUAUGGGCAGGAAUCUGAUUUGUGUUUACUCUAAAAAGCAUAUGAACGAUGUUCCAGAACUCAUAGAAAUGAAAAGAAAAGCAAAUACACGAAGUUUGAAGGAAAUGGCCAUGCUUUUAAGGAGUGGCUCACAGAUAAUUUGGAUCGCACCAAGUGGUGGCAGAGAUCGACCAGAUCCUGUAACCGGAGAAUGGAUUCCGGCACACUUUGAUGCUUCUUCAGUAGACAAUAUGAGAAGGCUGGUUGAAAAUUCGGGCGUACCAGGUCAUAUGUAUCCUUUGGCAUUGUUGUGUUAUGAUAUAAUGCCCCCUCCUCCUCAGGUAGAAAAAGAAAUCGGAGAGGAAAGAAUUAUCUCCUUCCAUGGGGUUGGACUCUCAGUAGCUCCAGAGAUGAACUUCUCUGAAACUGCUGCUGCUUGUGAAACUCCUGAAAUGGCUAAAGAGGCAUAUACGGAAGCCCUGUACAAUUCUGUGACAGAGCAAUAUAAUGUGUUAAAAUCUGCUGUGCACGGCCACCAAGGAUUAGAAGCUUCAACUCCAAAUGUGUCUCUGUCACAGCCAUAGAACCAGCUCCAAUCUGUAUACGAUCAGGAGAAGCCUCUUUUAUACAAGCUUGAUGGAAAUUUACAGCUAGUUAUAUAUCUUCUUUUUGCUUUUUCAAUCUAAAUAUUUUUACUGUGCAUAUCUUGUAUGAGGGUUUCAUUCAUUGUUCUUUUUUUUUUCCAACGAAAGGUCCGGUUAAACUGUUCAUUGUACAUGUCCGUCUUAGUUCUCUGUAACAUUGAACCGUGUAAGGUUACAUGUUAACUUACCCAACACCUGGUAUUAGGCUCUGCUUCUUUUUAACCCCCUAGCUGAAUAAAAGGUAAGGUUAUUUUCUUGAAA